AGUCGUUCGUCCAGUAAGCGACCGGACGACGAGAGCGCUUUCAAGAAGGAUAUUGUUAUUUAAAGUAGAGGGGAGCGGGGUAGGGGAUACACAUAUCACUGGUCGCCAUCUUGGAGGGGAUACACAUAUCACUAGUGAUAUGUGUGCGGGGAUACACAUAUCACGGGGAUACACAUAUCACUGUGACACCGGCACUGGUUAUGCGUGACAAGGAAUUUUGGGGAUGUGACCUGCAGGUCGAGAAUGUGAGCUAAUGUGAGCUGGAUAAUCUGCUUUAAAAAACUUGUCAAGUUAGCACUUGUGUCAAGUUUCAUGCAACCUAAGAAAUGCCGUAAAAAUCCUGUAACCAUACCCAGGUUUGUGUUUGAUUUUGAAAAGGUUUUCUUACCCGGGCUAAUUUUAAUUUUCGAUAGCUCAGAUUGCACUUAAGAGGAAUAGCGCCGCUCAGAGGACUGGGUCUAGAUGACCCCUAGCAAUGUCGGGAAGUCUGGUUCCCAGAUUCCCAGUAUAAACUUUGAUCAAAAUGGCGGCUCUUAGUUCAUCCAGAAGAUGGAACAAAUUUCGAGAGGUUUUAUGGUUUUCAUGCAAGUGGAAAACGAGAGAAAUUCAGCCUGUAUGUAGAAGAUUCAGCACGGAAACGAAAGAAAUGGCUAGAAGGUUUCCUUGGAGUUUGCUUGGUUCGUUAGCUGUCGGUGUUUCCCUCGGAUAUCAAAUACCUAAAUUGUUGAACAAACCCAAACGUCAUCUUUGUAACUUCAAAGUGGAAGCAAAAACAAGUGAUGAAAAUAAUUCGUCAAAUUCAGGAUCACCUCCCCGUUCAGCGACAUUCAAUUUCAUUGCGGAUGCUGUAGAAAAAGCUGCACCUGCAGUUGUGUACAUAGAAAUCACGGGACGACACGCGGGAUUCGGGUUUAGGGGUCAUGUUGGUCCUACUAGUACGGGUUCGGGAUUUAUAGUGACUGAGGAUGGCAUGGUGCUUACAAAUGCUCAUGUUGUGGAAAAUGCUGUUCAUGUAAAUGUUAAGUUAAGAGACGGUAGAUCUUUUAGUGGGACUGUUGUUGAUACUGACUUGGAAAAUGACCUGGCAGCUGUGAAACUGGUUUCACAAAAGGAUCUUAAGUUUCCAACUCUAACCCUUGGUUCAUCAUCUUCAAUAAGACCUGGAGAAUGGGUUGUGGCAAUGGGCAGCCCUCUCCAGCUGAGUAAUACAAUAACAGCAGGAAUUGUCAGUACUGUGCAUCGAGCUGGGGGAGAGAUUGGACUACCAAACAGAGAGAUGGAAUAUAUCCAGACAGAUGCAGCCAUAAAUGUGGGAAACUCUGGAGGACCUUUGGUUAAUCUGGAUGGCCAUGUUAUUGGCAUCAAUGCCAUAACUGUGAGAUUUGCUGCUGGAAUUUCGUUCUCCAUCCCAAUUGAUACUGCUAAAGACUUUCUGUCCCAAGCUAUAGAGAGAGUAAAGAGUGGUAAAUACGCAAGCAGCAGCAGUAAAACUUCAAGGAGAACACUAGGUCCAAACCAGCGCUGGUAUAUUGGAGUCAGUAUGUUGACAUUGACUCCACAGAUUCUAGAAGAACUGUGGAGGAGGGACCAAAGUUUCAACAAAGUUGAAUCUGGAGUGUUUGUCCCACAAGUGAAUUAUGGAUCCCCAGCACAUAAGGCUGGUUUGCAACCUGGUGACAUCAUAACCAAAAUGAAUGGCAAGAACAUAGUAUCAAACAAAGAAGUGUACCGGCACGUACACAAAGGAGAAACUCUUAAUGUAGAGGUUAAGAGAGGUGACCAGUAUCUCAAAUUCACCAUCCAACCUGAAGUUGUGGGAUAACGGUGUCAUAACCAAAAUAGUGAUUUUUAUGCUCUUGUGCACUGCAAGGGUGAGACAGGCUUGUUCAAAACAAUUGUAGCACAUGCAAAACACACUUUCCUCCCUCUUAAAAAAUCCACUCAUGUACUUGUUUGAGGGCAAGACAACAACAUUUCAGAUUAGAACAGAAUGUACAUGUACUUGGGGAUUACAAGUAGAAUUUAAAUUCUACCAUUUGAACUUAUUUCUUGCAAUAAACACUAACCCCUGCACCACCCCCUCCCUCCUCUAAGAUGGUAAUCCAACAAGUACAUUGUAUGUUUUUAGCAGCACUUUGUUAUGUUUUAUUGUAUAUUAGAUAUAUUCUUGAAAGGAAACAAGCAUUAAACUGAUUUAACUUUAAGGUUAUGGACAUAAACUAUCCCUGAUAUCUACUAUAUGUGCACUGGUUUCUGAAUCGAAAAAAUCUGCCUUCAAAGAUUAGUGAAAACAAAUACAGUCCCUGGCGGUUUGUUGGCACUGUUUUAAAUUGUUCAAAUUUGCCGCUUUCGUUGUGUCACACAUUAUGACAAGGCUGGGAGUAUUGUAAGACAAGUUGACUGGUUAUGAUAAUGACAUGUAUAUUGUCCUUGUCCAAGUCAUGGUUUGUGAUUUGUGUCAUAAGUCUACCUCUCUACCUCUCUACUCCCCUUGCCACCUACCACCCAUCAAAUUAUACCAGUCAGAGGAAUUACAUGACCACCCACAAAAUAUCUUAUGUAGCUACAGUUUCUCCACUCUUUCUACCAGUGCUUCUUGUCGCUUUUGACUUAUUUAAUAUUUCUAACAAGAAAUGAGACAAGAUCUAGAGACUUGCUUAGUUCCCAGUGAAUAUUUUUAUUACAAAUAUCUCUUACUGAUACAUCUCCUUAAUAUAGCAUGACUUUGUUUCUUUUCAACACGAUAAUAGAUUUAACUAGUAAUCUCUUUGAUACAAAUGAAGCAAUCCAUCCUUUGUGAUGGCAAACAAAUGUAAUAAAAAUAUGCCUAAAAUUCA